GCCAGCUGUUCCUCUCCUUCCCGUCGGUGGGGGCGGUGUCUCGGCCAAGCCCGGAAUUGUGUCGCGAAGAAUGUGACGCCAUCGGUCCGCGCCACUCCUUCCGGUUCCCGUGCUGCCGAUGCUUCUGCGGGCGCCUGUUUGAGGUCAGGUUUGGCGGCGGCCGAGGCCCGGCAGCUUUUUGGAGAUGAGUUGAUGCCAGUGCAGUGACUCCACGCUUCCUCAAGCUCAUCCCUCCCCUGAGAUGCCAAUAUAAGAUGGCAGCCAAGCUGAUGUAUCGCUGGUAUCGACUCUUCAGGGUCUUGUCUCCAUUGUGUGCCCAAGCGAAUGCGGUGUCCACAGGAGGCAAGACGGUGAUAGCCAGAGUGUCCUCCCAAGCCCCUCUCGCCUCCCUGACUGUUUCUAACCUCUCAAGCCAGACAGACAAGCUCUCUGCCAGGGAGCAGUUGCACAGAACGCAGUCUGAGCGUAGUGAGUUGGAGGACCUCAUUGGCACAGCAUCCACCACAGAUGACCUCUUCCAUUUAGGAGAGCAUUACCCUAUAAAUGCAAACCAGGCUGCUUUGAUCAUCACCCAGCUGUCCCGUAAGGUGGUGGAGAAAAAACUGAAGCCUGAAAGCAUCCUGGAGGAUGCUCGCUUCCAACACCUCCUUCAGACCACGAACAAACAGCUUUCUCAGGUCUGGAACAUGGCUCUGGUGAACCUCCUGAGGAGCCUCCACUUCCUGGGCCUGGACCGCAGCAAGCGGGAGCUGCAGUCGGUGGAGCAGGAGAUGCGCUGGCGGCUGAGGCGGAUGGCCUUCAAGCACCUCGUCUCCCUGGCCGAGCAACUGGCUGCCAGCACACCCAGGGGAGCCCCCAGUGCGCUGCUGAGCGACCUGGUGAAGCAGCUGGAGCUGCGCUGGACGGAGAUCGAGGACACCAGGACCGUGGUGGGGCUGAUGGCCAAAGUGGGGAGCUUCUCGCCCGCACUGAUGGACCGGCUGGAGGAGAAGGGCCUGGAGUUCGCUGAGCAGUUCAACCCUGAAGACACUCGGAAAAUCGCCAUGGCGUUGGCGCUCCAGAACCGCCGUUCCAUCCCGCUGCUCCGAGCCAUCUCCUACCACUUGGUCCAGAAGCACUUUGCACUGAGCACCAGCAUCCUGCUAGACCUGGCUUUUGCCUACGGGAAGCUGAAUUUCCACCAGACCCAGGUCUUCCAGAAGAUCGCCUUGGACCUGCACCCUCGGGUGCCUGAGUUGUCUCCUGGGGACGUCGUGCGAUGCAUCAAGUCCUUCGCCUACCUCAAGUGGCUCAACCUGCCCCUCUUUGAGGCCUUUGCACAGUACGCAUCCGACAAUGCCAACCAAUUCACUCCGGCCCAGCUUAGCAACGUGGUCCUUGCUUUUGCUCGCUUGAAUUUCCAGCCCAGAAACGAAGAGUCCUUCUAUGGCAAGGUCAAUGGGAGGUUGGAUGACCAGCUGGACACCUUGGACCGCCACCUGCAGUUGGACCUGGUGUGGUCGCUGUGUGUGCUGCAGCAGGCCAAGGCUGCCCACCUGCGGAAAGUGCUGGCGCCGGAGUUCCACACUUGCUUUUUCGCCGAUCGGUCCGCAAAAGGGCAGAACUACCUGUUGAAACUGAUCCACAUCAACACCACGGCCCGGCUGGAGUGUGCCGACUACCAGGGAGCCCUGCUGCCGCUGGAGGCCCUGGACAUCAAGGAGCUGCUGGGAGACAGGAAAGCCACCCCGCUGCAGACAAGCCUGAGAGAAGUCCUGAAGCAGGUGGUCGGAGACGAGACCAUGGCGCGCUUUGAGGUGGACACCGUCUACGGCUGGCAGAUUGAUGCUGAGAUGGUGCUCAACAGUGACGUCCAGCCGCUGCCCAUAGCAGCCUUUGAUGCUCCUCACCUGGCCCAGUCUGAGGGCUCUCGGCCUCUCCCACCAGGGGCCAAAAGGCUUGCCUUCCUGAGGUGGGAGUUCCCAAACUUCAGCAACCGAAGCAAAGACCUGCUGGGGCGCUUUGUCCUGGCCCGGCGGCACCUCCAGGCUGCGGGCUUCUUGAUUGUUGACGUUCCCUAUUAUGAAUGGCUUGAGUUGAAGUCAGAGCGGCAGAAGGCAGCCUGUCUCAGGGACAAGAUGAACAAAGCCGUGGCAGAAGAUAUGGCAAAAUAGACACACAGAGACACACGGGCGGCAGCCGCUGAAGCCGGAGGAGAGGCUCCAGAGUGAUUCUGCCCAUCUUUGUCGGGGAGGCUGUGAAUUGGGGUUAGGGAGCAUCUCUGGAAAGAGGGAGAGCCAGCUGUGUAUAUACAGAGUGGAUUUGAAUAAAUGGUCUCUUGUUCAAGUCCUUCAACCCCAGCUCCUGACUGCAUUAAACAAGAUGGCAGGUUUUUAUUUA